ACAUGUGAGGGUUUCAGACUUUGUAUAGCCUAGACACUGCACACUGGAGAGCUUUAUUCUCAGACAACUAUCUUCCAGAGAACUGUGUGUGUGUGUGUGUGUGUGUGUGUGUGAGAGAGCAGAAGGACCUGUUGUGGAGGAUGAAGCUGCUCUAUGGACUGAUCCUGGCGAUGGCUGUCCUGGUUCUGGCUGAAGGACACGGCGUUGAAUCUGGAUGUCAGAUCUGGGAUAACAGUAAAGACCACAGUGUCGAUAACACAAUCGUGUGCUGUACGAAGUGCCUUCCAGGAAACCGUCUAAAAACUAAAUGCGGCCCAGACCCAAGGUUUCUGUGUACUCCCUGUGAAACUGACAACUUCAUCCACAUCGAAAACACUGACGCAAACCAACGGAAAUGUCUGAGGUGUGAUGAGUGUAUAGGAGGUGGCAGACGGGUGAAAGAGAAUUGCACCGCCAGCAGAAACACAAUUUGUGGGUGUUUACAAGGAUAUCGAUGUGGAAACGGCAAAUGCUCUCACUGCCUGAAGGAGUGUGGGAAGGGAGAGCAACCUGAUGGAAAAGGCAAGUGUGAGCCGUGUCCUCCACGGAUGUACAACGACAAGCUCCAUCAACCCUGCGUGAACUGGACCAAAUGUAUGCCUGACCAUCAGAUAAUUGUUCCUGGAAGUUCAUCUACAGAUGUGAUCUGUGGCCCUCAACCACACACCAAAGCGACAGUGUUGCCGUACAGUGAUGCAGAGAGAAAUGUCACGGUUAUUCUCAUCAUCUUCGGGCUCAUAGGCAUAACCAUACCUCUCGCUAUAAUCCUCUUCCUGGAGUGGAGAAGGAGAAAGGUCACCCAUGAAGAGAGAAAGCAACCAG